CACCUGUCUGCGGGGGAGACGAAGCGGGUGGCGGCGGGGCUGAGGAUGACGCCUCCGAAGCGCUGCCCCAGGCGCAGCGUCCGCACCAGCCCCUUCCUCGCCAGCCUCCGCCCCGUGCAGCGCCGCGGGUCGCAGUGGCCCAAGUCCCACAUGGCCAGCGGGGGAGAAGGCGAGGCCCGGACCUCGCCGCAUCCCUGGACGCUGCCGCUACCCGGCUCCGGCUCGGCCGACCCCGCCGCCGCGCCCUUGACGGGGGAGGAAGAAGAGUGGCCACGGAGCGGGUCCCCGCCCGAGAUGGGGCCGGAGUCGCCGCCGGGGCCUUCCUCAUCCUCCGCCUCCGCGAAGGCCUCGAGAGGGGGUCCCGGCCGGGGCUGCCGCUGCCGCCGUUGCUGCUGCCGCUUCCGCCCCAUCUCCUCGUGUACCAAGAGGCGGGUAGAGCGGCUCCCUGGCGCCCCGGAAGAGCAACCCCUGCAGGCGCUUCCGGGUCUCGCCGGAGAAACGAAGAUGGCGGCCUCUGCUGGCAGUGCAAGAAGGAAGCUGGAGGAGGAAGGGACGAGGGUCGGGAUGGGCGCGACGGCGUUGCUGCUGCUGCUGCUGCUGCUCCCUCUGAUGGGAGAACUGGCCGCUGGCGGGAAGAUGAAAGUCGUGGAGGAGCCCAACAGCUUCGGGCUCAACAACCCCUUCCUGCCUCCGUCAAACCGCCUCCAGCCCAAAGCGUCCCCUUCCCCUGUGGCAGGACCUGCACAUCUUUUUAGGCUGGCGGGCAAGUGCUUCAGUUAUGUCGAAUCCAUGUACAAGUAUGAGUUCUGCCCAUUCCAUAAUGUCACCCAGCAUGAGCAGACUUUCCGGUGGAAUGCCUACAGUGGAAUUCUCGGAAUCUGGCAUGAAUGGGAAAUUGAAAACAAUACAUUUGUUGGUAUGUGGAUGAGAGAUGGAGAUUCGUGUGAAACCAGGAACCGACAAACAAAGGUUCUUCUUGUCUGUGGAAAGAACAACAAACUGGCUCACGUGUCUGAACCAAGCACUUGUGUUUAUUCUCUUACAUUUGAAACUCCAUUAGUUUGCCACCCACAUUCUCUCUUAGUCUAUCCAGCUUUGCCUGAAACCCUCCGGAGGAAGUGGGAUGAAGUGGAACAGUUGCUUUAUGCUGAGCUAAUCACAAAACAGGGAUACAAGAAACGAUUGAAAGAGAUAUUUGAAGAAGCAGGCUUUUUUAAAUUAACUGGAGAGAAAGUGAGUGAGGGAAAGAAAACAAAGCCUCAACACCUGGAAUUUGAUUCACUGGAAAAGUGCAAUAAGGAGUACAAAGAACUUUCUAAAGAUCUGAAGCGGCUUACAGAUUUACUUACUCAACAUGGAAUUUCAUAUGAAACAAGCCUGAAUGGAAACAGAGAUGAUAACCGUGCCACUCAGGCAGUUGUGACAGAAAAGCCAGCUCUUACUGUUGUUUCAAAGGCUGAUUGGCACCUGCGUGGAGACACGGGAACAUGGAAUGACUCCCUCUAAGGAAAAAAACCCCUGGACAACUCACUCAGCAUUUGGGGCUUUCACAGCGAUUAGAAUUUAAUCCACAUUUUGUGGUUGUACUUGGGUUAUGGAACCUGUGACACCUCAGAUGAGGCUAGAGUAUAGCUUCCAUCUUUCAGCAUAGGCCACGCUAACUGGACCUGAAGGGAGCUGGGAUUGAACAAGAAACAUAUGGAAAGUCACAGGUUUCCUAUCCCUCUUCUGUACCCCACAGGGAAGAGCAGAAACUGUUAAAUAUAGGGCAGUCUUUUCAGCAGGCCAGUGUCUGGUAGGAGCCUCUGCUGCCAACUCAGGACUCUCAUUUGGAGUGAAGGCAAGUUGAAGCGGUGGCAGCCUUUUUGAGCUUUGUGUCUUAUUGCUUCGUAACAGAGAAUGCUACAAGUGAGGGCAGCAGUCUUGCAUACUAUGUGGUGUCAUGGGCCAGAAGAGGAUCCAUCCAAUAAAUUCCAGUCCUUAGAAUUUUA